AUGGCCUUAGCAUGCAUCAUGAAAGAACUGAAAGAUAUAAAACAAGAUACACCAGAGUAUGUUAAUGCAAGACCAUAUUAUCCAGAUGAUAUGUUUCGUUGGCAAGCUACAAUAUUGGGUCCUCCUGGUACUCCUUAUCAAGGAGGUAUUUUCUUUCUUGAUAUAAAUUUUCCAGUAGAUUAUCCAAUUAAACGAGCGAACUUUAAAUUUACCACGAAAGUAUUUCAUCCAAAUGUAUUUCCAAAUGGUAAUAUAUGCAUGGAAAUUCAUGGAAAUCAACGCGCUCUCACAAUCUCCAAGCUAUUAUUAUCAAUUUGUUCGCUAUUGGACGAUCCAAAUACCGAUGAUCCAGCUAAUCCUGAAGCUGCACAUCUCUAUCGAUUCAAUCGUGAUAAAUAUAAUAAAAUUGCACGUCAAUGGACACGGAAGUAUGCUAUGUGA